AUGGAUGGAGGAGUUCUUGAGAUACAUGACGAGAUGCGCCGAGUAACCGACCGUUUCUACGUAGCAGUCUUGCUCGAUAUUUUCACAAGAUACUGCAAACGACGCUUUGGUCUGGACCUUAAGGAAACGACGAAGGACGAGCACGUGGCAGUCUACUGGGCGAAGGAGUUCAACCUGUUAGCUCAUUUAUGUUUUCCGACUGUGAUGAUCGGAAUCGUUCAAGUGCCGGCGGUGGUGGAGCGGAUGAGAAGAGUGCAACCAGACGCAGACAUGAGGUUGGGGCUCGGGAUCAUCUGCUUGUCCAUCUCCUUGUCUUUCUCGGCUUAUCUUCGCUGGUUCGUUGUCGCAUGA